ACAGUUGACAACUUUAUGUGUAAUGUACAUGCUCUUAUUGUACUCCAUAAAUUAUUUAUUUGCAUGGUACUUCAAAUAAAAGGCUGUUUGCUACCAAGCUAGAAACGUUCAUCCGCUCCAGACUACUGACGGCAGGUUCCAUAAAAAUGCGUACAUAUCUUGUGGCAUUCGCCCUUUGUGGAGCUCUGACUUUAGUGGAAUCAUCGAAGUGUGACCAGAAGAUAAUUGAAAAAAUUCAGGAAAUGUGGGGCAACUGCAUACCAAAUAUUUUAGAGACUGCUGUUGCUUACGGAAAAGAGGUGAUCGUUGCUACAACCCCACUAUACUAUGCCAGUGACAGGAAGUGUGUCUACAGUAUAUUCAUAAAGGAAGAGGAUCAGUACAAGAUCGUGAACACGGAAGUCCCGUACAAAGGGUCUGAAAUCAGAGUUGUUCUGCCUAUAAACGAAUAUGAAGGCUACACUAAUGUACCAGGAAGAACAAUAAGAAGAUAUUAUGCAUUUUAUGAAGGUGGUGUUCAACUUGUAUACAAAUGUACUACUGAUGGUGAGGAAGGAGACGCCGAGGGUGCAGUCAAAGUGAGGGCCUCCGGAUACGACGAGGAAAAACUAACUGAAGCGUGUGAAAUCGCUCACAAACUUGGCAUCACUCUUUCAACGCAGUUUGACAGAUCUUGCAUAUAUUGUUAAUCACUGUUGUAUCUUACUGGUAGUGUACGAAUAUAUGAUUCCUGUUCCA